AGACGGCACAUUCACAAUAGACGCCACAUUCUCCUGUGCAGCGCAGCCGAGGACGAAAAGGACCCAAGGACCAACUGAUUCGGCCAGGAUGAACGGACUGCCGCCCAGCAAGCACUACAAUUUAACGCACUACCAGCAGCGUUACAAUUGGGACUGCGGACUGUCCUGCAUCAUCAUGAUCCUGUCGGCGCAGCAGAGGGAACAGCUCCUUGGGAACUUUGAGGCAGUGUGCGGGGAGGAGGGGUUUGGGUCCAGCACGUGGACCAUAGACCUGUGCUACCUGCUAAUGCGCUACCAGGUGCGGCACGAAUACUUCACCCAAACACUCGGAAUCGAUCCCAAUUACGCCCAGCACACCUACUAUUCCAAAAUCAUUGACAAGGACGAACGACGAGUGACGCGCAAGUUCAAGGACGCCCGGGCACAUGGACUGCGCGUGGAGCAGCGCACCGUCGACAUGGAGGUCAUCCUGCGGCAUUUGGCCCGCCACGGACCCGUCAUCCUGCUAACCAAUGCCUCGCUGCUAACUUGUGAAGUGUGUAAACGCAAUGUCCUGGAGAAAUUCGGAUGUUUUAAUAUACCUUGCAUCGCUCGAAAUACACGCCUACUGGGACCCAAAAGGUACGCCGGUCACUAUGUGGUGCUCUGUGGAUACGAUAUGGCCGCCGAGAAGCUAUUUUACCACAAUCCCGAGGUGCACGAUGGUCACAUUUGCCGGUGCCUCAUCGAGUCCAUGGACACAGCACGUCGGGCUUACGGCACCGACGAGGACAUCAUCUUCAUCUACGAGAAGAAAACCACUCCCACCAAGGAGUGAAAGGAUUAAAAACCGAAUUAGGAUCAAGGAGAGAAACAGGAGUACCUGCAGUUGCCAGGUUGCCAGCUUAUAAGGAACGGAGGUUUGGAAUCUGCGCUUGUGAUAUUAGAACCAUAAAGGGAGAGCACGUCGGGGGGACUUAGAGAGGAUGGAGGUUUAAAAAAAGAGCUGCUUGGUUAACUUUGGCACAACAGUGUACUUUAUUUAGGUAUUGCUAACAGUUGGUCCCCAUAAAAAACAACAAUUACAAACGUUCAUGUAAACCAGCCAGGCAGCUGUCUAGAUUUAUAGUUAUAGAGUUCGCUUCAAAAACUGUAAACGGAAAGUAAUUUAGGGAUAUUUCUUGGUAAUGUUCCCAUUGAACGAUUCUAUAUAAUAAUUAAGUUAGUAAUUUUCAUUUCCAA